UCUAAAAUCGCGUCUCUCUCAUUCUCUACAAAGGUUUCUCUUUUCUAUCAUAAUAAAACAAAUAAUAAUAAUAAAACCCUUUUAUACAGUAAAAGAUUCUUCUAUCUGUUCACAAAGCGCUGGUUUUCUUGGUUUCUUACGAUUUUAAAAAUUCGAUAUUCUUUACUUCUCUUCAAAUCUCUCUAAUCUCCACCUCCACUUCAGCCGCCCACCACCGCCGCGAAUUUCCGAUUAAGAAUGUGUUGCGUAUAAAUUGAUGCGUGCUUUGAUUUGUGAAUAAUUAAGUUAGGGUUUUUCAUUUAUCUCAUCUGUUUGGAAGGAAACAAAAAACAUGGAGAAGUACGAGUUGGUGAGAGACAUAGGAUCUGGGAACUUUGGGGUAGCGAGGCUGAUGCGUAACAAAGAAACCAAAGAACUCGUCGCCAUGAAGUAUAUCGACCGUGGCAAUAAGAUUGAUGAGAAUGUGGCAAGAGAGAUUAUAAACCAUAGAUCACUCCGUCAUCCAAAUAUAAUUCGGUUCAAAGAGGUGGUUUUGACUCCUACUCAUCUUGCUAUUGUGAUGGAGUAUGCAGCCGGUGGUGAACUCUUUGAGCGAAUUUGCAACGCUGGAAGAUUCAGCGAAGAUGAAGCCAGAUAUUUUUUCCAGCAGCUGAUCUCAGGAGUUAGCUACUGUCAUUCCAUGCAAAUAUGCCAUCGAGAUCUAAAGUUAGAGAAUACCCUGUUGGAUGGGAGCCCUGCUCCUCGUCUGAAAAUCUGUGAUUUUGGUUAUUCAAAGUCAUCUCUGCUGCAUUCCAGACCCAAGUCAACGGUUGGAACUCCAGCGUAUAUUGCACCAGAAGUUCUCUGUCGGAGAGAAUACGAUGGCAAGAUGGCAGAUGUAUGGUCAUGUGGAGUGACUCUUUAUGUCAUGUUGGUUGGUGCAUACCCAUUUGAGGACCAAGAGGAUCCUAAGAAUUUUAGGAAAACUAUUAACAGGAUAAUGUCAGUUCAAUACAAAAUCCCAGAUUAUGUUCACAUAUCUCAAGAAUGCAGACACCUUCUUUCUCGCAUAUUUGUUGCUAGCCCCUCCAGGAGGAUCACCAUCAAAGAUAUCAAGAGCCAUCCAUGGUUUUUGAAGAACUUGCCCAGGGAACUGACGGAGGCAGCUCAAGUUGCCUACUACAGGAAAGAAAACCCAACUUUCUCCCUUCAAAGUGUUGAGGAAAUCAUGAAAAUAGUUGAAGAGGCUAAAAUUGCUCCUCCAGUAUUGCGGUAUAUUGGAGGCUUUGGCUGGGGUGGUGAAGAAGAUGAGGAUGCUAGAGAAGAAGAUGCUGAGGAAGAAGUAGAAGAAGAAGAUGAGUACGAGAAGACAGUAAAGGAGGCCCAUGCCAGUGGAGAAAUUCACGUCUCCUAAAAGAAGUACUAGAUCCUUUCCAAAUGAUGGAGAUUUGCCUUUAGUGGUCAUGUUUAUAUGAUGUCAGUUUCUACCUAGGACCUGGUGUUUGAAUAAACAAUCUGUAAAUUAGUUUGUCUUGGGAAAGAAGUUUGUGCAAUCUUUAAUAUGAUUAAGGUGUCUUGCUACUGAUCUUGGAAGCUGGAACUACUGGGAUUUGAAGCUAUCUGGUUGGUAAAUUCCCCGUAUAGGGAUCAGCUUCUUAAAGUAUAUGGUUUAUUAAUGGUCUAGACUUCUAGAGUAAAAUGGAAGGUUUGCGAGUAUUGUAAGUUGAUUUCUUCCAUCAUAAAAUGGUAUGUCUAGGGGUUUGACUCGUUAAAAUUUAUAAAGUCGCCAUUAUUACUCUGGUUUGUUUAUGCUUCUCUUUCUUGUAGUGCUCUCUCUAGCUUGAUCUUGGUUGUGUUACAUUGAUUCUUUGAUUGUGAAAACAAGGUUAUGCUCUUUCGAUGAAAGGACGACGGUGAU